AUGCAUGAGGCCGGUGUGUUCGAGGACGCGAAGCUGAAGCUCGACGGGCAGUUUGAGGAACGGAAAGGACCUUUCUGGCUCUGGGCAAAAGUACGUGGUUUUCUGGCGGAUCUUUUCCAUGACAAUGUUCUGAAUAUCGAGAUUUCGAUUCGGCCCCAUGCGUAUGGACAGCGCCUUCAGCCGCGGAAGGUCAUGGAUGGGAGCCAAAAAGGCAGCGGCCGUUUCUGUCGACGCCGCACCACAGAUCAAACGGAGCUCGAACUGAUCGUCCCGUGUCUUGUUAGCCGCCAGCAUAGAGCAGAACGAUCGCCAGACCUCGAACACACCAUUCGCAGCCAAUUGGGCAUCGUUCUCCAUAAUCUCGGCCACGGUCCCAUGGCAGCCGCCCCGGGCCUUAUAGACGAGCAGACUGUGGCUACCGUCGCACCGAGACGUUCCAAUGGUCACCUAUGGACCUCAAUGAUUUCAAUGUUACCGAGUGAGAUUGUUCACGAACAGGCUAUCGCCGACGCGAACCGGACUUUCAGCUCAAUUUUUCAGCUCGCUCAGAACAGGGCAAAGACCAUCUCGUCUGAGGACUGGGCGCACGCCAGCUAUUCCUCUGGGCGGGCGGCCCACAAGCUGUAUGAGGGCCAUCAUGAUACUGGCGUGCGGGUGAUGGAGGAUGGCCGUCUCAAUAUCAGUCUCACACCGCACCAACCCUGGUUACAGCGGAUCGUCCGCCACACACAACAACACCCGUACCCGCGCGACUCGGUGCACCGCCAGCAAUCCUCCGCAUCGUUCAGGCCGAAUCCAGAAGAUGAAUAUUGCCCACUUCGAUUGAACAUCGUUAUUCAUGUUGUUGGCUCUCGGGGCGACAUUCAGCCGUUCCUCGCGAUCGGGAAACAGCUCAAGUCGCAUGGCCACCGCGUCCGGCUGGCAACACACCUCUCAUUCCGUGAAACAGUCGAAGACGAGGAUCUGGAGUUUUUUAACAUUGGAGGAGACCCGUCAGAGCUGAUGGCCUUUAUGGUGAAGAACCCGGGACUUAUGCCCGACUUGCGAACUAUUCGGAGCGGGGCGAUUCGCCUACGGCGGAGGGAGAUGAAGAGUAUUUUCUCAGGAUGUUGGCGGAGCUGCUAUGAGACUGGCGAUGGGACAGGGAUCGAUCACCACAUCAAAGACGAACCAGAUCCGUUGAGUGGUGACGAGGCUGUAGACCUCAGACGUUUGCCGUUUGUCGCAGAUGUCAUCAUCGCCAAUCCGCCAAGCUUUGCACAUCUCAGCUGCGCGGAGAAGCUGGGAGUUCCCUUGAAUAUGAUGUUUACGUACGUCUUCGCUCUCCCUAUCGUAUCGAUGAGCAGGCUAACUGCUUUCCCUCAUCCCCUGGCAAACGUACAAUCGCAAAGUACGAAACCGUCUGUUGCCAACUUCGCAUCGUAUGCUAUUGUUGAAAUUAUGAUGUGGGAGGGACUCGGAGAUCUGAUUAAUCGAUUUCGAAAGCGCGAACUCGGGUUGGACCCAUUGGAUGCUAUUCGCGCACCGAGCCUCGCCCACCGGUUGCAGGUGCCAUACACGUAUUUAUGGUCUCCCGCCCUGCUAGAAAAACCCCUCGACUGGGGCGACAACAUUGACGUGGUCGGCUUCUCAACCCUCCCCACAGCGCAAGACUACAAACCACCCCAGGACCUGCAAAGUUUCCUGGACGCCGGUCCCGCACCAGUAUAUAUCGGCUUCGGGUCAAUCGUCGUAGACGACUCCAAAGCACUAACGGAUAUCGUCUUCGAGGCCGUGGAGAAAGCCGGAGUACGCGCCGUGAUCUCCAAGGGCUGGGGUAACAUCGGAGCCAAUCACGCGGCGUCUGACUCGAUCAUGAUGAUUGACAAAUGCCCACAUGACUGGCUAUUUCAGCAUGUCAGCUGUGUCGUACAUCAUGGUGGUGCCGGCACGACAGCCGCAGGUUUAGCACUUGGCAAGCCCACAAUCGUUAUUCCAUUCUUCGGUGACCAGGCAUUCUGGGGCUCAAUUGUUUCGCGGGCCGGGGCCGGACCAGACCCGAUUCCGUGGAAGAGACUCACAGCGGAGAAGCUGGCGGAGGCGAUUGAGAUGGCGCUCAAAGACGAGACGAAAAGGAAGGCAGAAGAAAUUGGGGAGCAGAUGCGGUCCGAGCAGGGUGCUCGUAAUGCGGUUUGUAGCUUCUACCGUCAUCUUGACGCAGAGAGCCUACGGUGUUCGUUAUGUCCAAAUCGGCCGGCCGUGUGGUGGGUGAAACAUUUGCAUAUCAAGCUGAGUGCGUUUGCGGCGACGGUGCUCGUUGAGACGGGGCUUGUCAAACCACAUGAUCUUGUCCUGUACCGCUCAAAAGAAUACGAUACAAGCCGCGAUCCAAAAGGCCCCAUCACUGCCGGCGCAGAGGUGCUCUAUGGCGUCAUUACAGACUUCGUCGCUGCUAUGGCCACGAUGCCAGCGGAUAUGGCGGAGAUGUUUGGCGCGGACCACCGGCAUGGUCGGAUACGAAUGAAAAGGCACCCUAAGCAUGGCAGGAAGCCUCCGUCGCCGGUGCGGAAGUGGAAGAAGGAGCAUUAUGGGCAUCGCAACCCGGACUCGGGAGUCGGAUCGAACAGCUCCAGUCAGAGCGAUGGGCGAAUAGACAUUUCUGAAACCGAAACAGAGAAGAGCUCUACAGUUGCUGAUGACAGUGACGAGAAUAGUGAAACUGGCUCGGGUGAUUCCUCAUCGCGUACCGACAUUGCAGAUCUGGACUCUACGCUUAACCCAGAUGCGCAUAAUGACAGAAACAACAAUAACAACAUCGGGCUUACCGCCCAUCAGACACUGAGUCUAGAAGACACACUCCGCCGGCAGCAGACACGCGACAAAUCAAUCGACACCCAUGAACUUUUCAUGGAUGCUCGGUAUCAUCUCGCCCGAGCGGGAAAGCACAUCAUCGACUGGGUUCUCCUGAUCCCGACGGAUCUGACCUUGAGCUUUUCCAAGGGAUUCCACAAUGCGCCGAAACUUUAUCAUGAUCCAAUGGUUCAGGAGACGCCAACGGUUCGGGGCGUUAAAGGAGGGUUACGGGCUGCUGGGACGGAAUUUACACAAGAGUUAUACCAAGGCAUAACUGGGAUUUUGACGCAGCCCAAACAUGGACGGAAAGAGUCUGGGACGAAAGGGAUGCUGAAAGGCGUCGGCAAGGGCGCUGGGGGUGCUGUCCUCAAGCCAAUGGCAGGCCUCUGGGGCCUCGCCGGAUACCCGCUCGAAGGACUGCACAAGACGCUACGGAGCAGUCUAUCAAAGAGCAAGGUCCGAGACAUAUUGGCUUCACGCAUCCAGCAAGGUCUAGGCGAGAUGGUUGCCGCCAUGCCGGAAGAGCGGGCGGCGGUAAUCGAACGAUGGAACAAAAUGCAAGCGGAGAAAUCGAAUGAACGCGCAUGA